AUGGACCCAUAUUCCGCAGAAGGUGAAUUGAUCAACAUUCACACCCACUUCUAUCAGUCACAAUACCAAGAGGUCAUCGACUUCGACACAUCAUCCUUCUCCGCUGAGAAUGAGCUGCCCGUGCGAGUACUGAAGCUCCGAGCCCGCAUCGCCCUUGGCCAGGCCGAAGAUGUUAUUGCAGAUGUUGCGGGCGAGGCUGUUCCCGACCUGGAAGCUGUCGGCGCUCUCGCCGAGUACACCCUUGGAAAGACCGAUUCGGCAUUGGAGACGAUUGAGAAGCUGGCUUCAUCAGCGGCCGAUAACGUUACCGUCCAGGUUGUUGGCGGCACGGUUCUACAAGCUGCUGGAAAGUCCGAGGAGGCACUUGCGCUGCUUUCGCAACAUCAAGGAAGCUUGGACGCUGUCGCCUUAAUAGUCCAGAUCCACCUACAACAGAACAGAACCGAUCUAGCCCUGAAGGAAGUUACUGCCGCACGAAGAUGGGCGCAAGAUAGUCUCUUGGUGAACCUGGCUGAGGCUUGGGUUGGAGUCCGAGUGGGCGGCGAGAAGUACCAGCAGGCAUUCUACGUUUACGAGGAGCUUGCACAAGGCUCUUCAACUUUCUCAGUACCCAGCCUCAUCGCACAGGCUGUUUGCGAGAUACAUCUUGGCCGUCUUGAGGAGGCCCAGUCUGCCUUGCAGCAGGCCAUAGAAAAGGACCCUAAGAAUGCUGAAGGCAUUGCCAACUUAUUGGUUUUGAACUCCAUUUCCGGAAACAACACCGACGAGCUUGUCGAAUCACUAAAGCAGGCCAACCCCAACCAUCAGCUGUUAUUGGACUUGGAGGAGAAGAGCAGCCUAUUCGACAAGGCGGUAGCCAAGUAUUCAGCCAAGGCGUAA